AUGGAUACUGGUACGUCUACUUUCGCUGGAUCGUUACCUGGACCUGAAGCAUAUGGGACAGAGUUGACUGCUCUUCGGGUCGUUUUGGUGUGCUUGUUUAUUCCUUCAACAGUUCUAAUUAUUCUUGGAAAUGCGUAUGUUUUGGCUGCUUACAAACGUGAUGAGAGAAUACGAAAGAGGAGGACUAACACGUUCAUUCUUAAUCUAGCCAUCGCUGAUCUCCUUGUUGGCAUCACUAUGAUUAUAUACAUCCCCCAGUUCAUCACGGAUAAGUGGUUAUUUGGAAGGAAGUUCUGUAUCAUCGUAUGGGCCAUCAGUUACAUCUCAACCGACAUGUCCGUUAUCACCGUCAUCGCCAUCAGCGUGGACCGGUACCUCAUGGUGAGGAAUGCAAUGAAAUACCAGAUUCAUCAGUCUCGGAGACGUAUCAUCCUCAUCUUCAUCGUUGUCUGGUUCUUCUGCAGUCUCGUACAUAACAGCCUUGCCUUCAUUUAUUCCGCGUGGACGGAGCACAAGUACCUUGAAUAUCAAACGUGUAAUUUGGAAUACCGUCGUGAAAAGACUCUGGUUAUUUCGAUGUUCAUCAUUGAGUUUGUACUGCCCGUCCUGACUCUGUUUCUAUUAAAUUUGAAAGUUUUUAUUAGAAUACAGAAGCGGAAGGAAACCGGAAUACAAUUAAAAGGGCGCAGAGGUGAGGAUCCAAAUUCUAAAGUCGUCUCCGGACGGGAUAGCAAGAAUGAUCGAGAAAAAACCUCUGGAUUACCCAUAAUGCGCGUCCAUCGUACGCCAACACCGGGUGGGGGUCAUCAAAAAGCCGCUAAACUCCUCACAAUCCUCCUCCUAGUCUUCAUCUUAUGUUGGCUCCCCUACUACAUCAACGAAUGCUAUGUCCUCAUACAUGGUGGUGAAACGAACAACGUGGCGACGGAGGCGAUGACUUUCAUUCUAUGGGCGAACUCCGCCAUCAACCCCAUAUUGUAUGCAUACGCUAAUGUUCAUUACAGGGAGAAUUUCCUUUACUUCUUGCACAUCGGGAAGAAAAGGUCUGAUGUUAAACAAAGGCUGAUAAAUGUACAUGUAUAA